AUGUCGCCGAUUAUCAAUCCAACACAUUCAGCCAUCUUAUUCGCACAAUGUGAAUUCGUUCAAUCAUAUUUACCCAAUCGAUCGUUUUCGCCAUCUACUCAAUUGGAUAUUCUGGAAUUGUUGGCUAAACGCAAUUUAACAUUUCACAAAACGAAGACAAGGGAAGAAUGUGUCGCUCAACUCGAAUAUCUUUUCGAUCAAAUGAAUACAACGAACAAUUCUUAUAAGAAAUCGUCUUUAACAUUUGGAAUCGAUGAACAUUCACGUUCAUUAUUACUCUUCGUUUAUCUAAUUGCAUUUGUUUCUUUUAUCUCGAUUAUUGGAAAUCUAUGCUUAGCAAAAGUUUUGUAUACAAAACGUCUUCGUCUAUCACAAACCGAUCGGAUUGUUCUAUGUUUAGCGAUAAGUACGCGAAGGAUUUACGAUUUUCCGGAUUCAAUUUUCACUGAUUGA